AUGGAUGGGAGCCCCAUUCAAGUGCUUCCACAGAGACCUAAGACUUCCAGGACCAAGAAAGAGAAAGAUGAAGCAAUAGAAGUACUGGUCAUUGAAGGCAUUAAGGUUCCACAUGGAGCAGCUGCUAGGUUUGAUGUUUAUGUGGCUAAACCUAUGGAGGGUCAAGUAGGUCCAGAUGUGGGAGAACUGGCUGGUAGUUUUGUGAACCUUCCCCAUGCACACUACAAGUUUCAUAUCAAGAAGCCCAAGUCACGCCUUGAGCUUGGAAUAAUAUCAUUGGUGGAAGAUAUUGAGGCUGAAUCCUCAGAAAAGUUGGUUGUUAUCAUUUUGCCUCGAAUGGGAGAGGUGUGA